ACAACAACUCUUUCACUUGACGGCUCUUUUUAAUUAAUUGGCAAAAAUCGAUCCCUUUAAAAGCCGCAUAUUAUGCAAUGACUCGUAAUUGUUUGAUAAAAAUAUUUUACAAAUUACUGCAAUUACUGGAAUUUUUACGUAACUAAUUAGUUAUUGUAAUCGUACCAUUAGUUGAUGUCCUGUAGCAGACAAUCAAACGGCCAAUAGAAUGUGGUCAGUCAUUGGUGAUCCCUUGACAAUUGAAUAUUGAGUAUAAAGGACUAGUUGUCUUAUACUUCUCCUCGGUAUAGGGGCUAAUUUGAUGUCACACAAGUGGAGUGCUCCAUUCAUAGCACACGCGCACGCCCUCGCUCACAAUACCAUACAAAUACUUUCAGCAAAUAAAUUAAAGUAAAGCAUUAAACUAGUGUUUGUGUAUACAGAUGUGAAAGUGUGAUAUUUUAAUAAACAUUGUGUGUAAGGUGAUUCGUCGCGGGUGACAAUCGAGUGUUAUAAUUUUUUGACGAUUUUUUUUUCGAUUUGUAUACGUAAUUUACAUAUAUAAAUUGUUAAAUAAAAAAUGAGUGUUAAAUAUGGGGCCACGGAUGUAGACAGGAAAACAGAAGAGACCGACAAAGAGGCGACCACCGAAGUCGAAAUUAACUUGAGUGGGCCCUUCAAAAGAAAAUGGUGGCGGCUCAGUCAACACGUGCUGUUUGGUCUUGGUCAUGUGUACAACGACCUUUGUGCAGCCAUGUGGUUCUCCUACAUGAUGCUGUUCUUCCAAGCAGUUCUGGAGAUGAGAGCUGCAGUUGCUGGUGCUAUGCUACUUCUAGGUCAAGUCAUAGAUGCACUGGCGACUCCAGUCGUUGGCGUGUUAGCUGAUAAAUUUGGAAGCUUGAAAUCCUGGCAUUUAACUGGUUCUGCCUUAGUAACGUGUACAUUUCCCCUACUCUUCGUACGAUGUUGGGGCUGCUGGUUGACGGAGGAUCCCGACUACCUGGACUGGUGGAUGCCGGUCUACUACGGCGUGCUUAUCGUGGUCUUCCAAAUAGGAUGGGCUGUUGUACAGAUAUCCCAUCUCGCGAUGAUACCAGCUAUUUCAGACAACCUUCAAGUGCGCGCUGAUUUAACUUCCAUCAGAUAUAUGGCUUCAGUGACCUCAAGUUUGGCUGUGUACCUAAUAACAUGGGUUGUGCUGAGGGCAAGCAACUACAGCACUUUUAUUGGACCAAUGGAUGACUAUAAAUUCAGGGGCGUGUCUCUCAUCAUUUCUGGUAUCGGAAUAGUCUCAUUUCUUCUGUUCCAAAUAUUCUUUAAAUUAAAACCAAAGAAGGAGGAGAAGGCAAAUGGCCACACCGUGAACAAUGGCCACAAUGGAACAACGCCUUCAGUGCAGAAUGAAGAGACUGGUACUCUGGAGGUUGCCAAGUCGAAAAUUAUGUACUUCCUUCGCAUGCCGCUUUUGUAUCAAACUAGUUUAUUAUACGUAUUCUCCCGGUUAUACUGGGCGCUAAGUCUAGUCUAUGUACCGCUGUUUCUGGAAGAACGCCUGGUGUUCAACCCUAGCGCCGGGUCAGAACUGGUGGCCAGUGUACCUCUAGUCCUAUACAUAUCCUCAUUCUUCUUUUCAUUACUCUUGAAGAGUAAGAUUAACCGAUUUGGAAAUCAGGUGGCGUAUUUAGUAGGGAGCUUGCUAAGCCUAUUAAGUUGUCUAUGGAUAGCAUUAGCCAUAGAUCCACACGCUAGUAUAGUACAAAUAUACAUGGUCGCUACUUUAAUUGGUGCUGGCAGUUCAAUAACCCUAGUAUCCAGUCUGUGUGUGACUGCUGACCUGAUCGGCCCCCACUCCCACCAGGGAGCCGCCAUUUAUUCCAUUGUCACUUUUGCUGACAAACUCGUGACGGGAAUCGCUGUAGUCGCCAUUGAAAAUUUCAAAUGCGACAAUACAUUAAAUUGCCCGCAGUACUACAGGGCAGUCCUAACAUACGCGUGUGGUGGAAGUGCAGUCCUCGGCAUGCUAUCUUUAUCAUUCGUGAAAUUUACGCCCGGACACAAAAACGAAACGGAAUUAUAAAAUACUUGCUUAUUAGUUAUUCUAUUUAUUGACCAAUGAUUCAAAUUGUGUACAUAUGAUUAAAUCUUUUAAAUUAAACGACAUUAAGAUAUGUAUUCCAGUCAUAGUUAUGGGAAUCUCAAUGGUAAAAAAAAAUUAGGGGCCGACAGUGGCCGUCCGCCGCUGUUGGGCAAUUUACUGUUUUAUUCGCAGUAUUCACUAUCUAUUAUUUAUUUAUGGAUCACAUGAUUAUGAUACAAUCAUGUAGUUAAGUGGGUUUUUCUAAUAAACCAGAAAAUAAAU